GGAGCCUUCUUACCGGGAGCUUUCUUCGUCAGACGAGUAGUAACAUUCAGAGAGGAGAGAGAACGAAGCCCACGCCGCCAACGGCGAUUGCGACGUAAACGGAGUUUCCGGACAUUCGUAAGAUCGUGCGAAUCCAUUUUUUUUUUUCAUGUCGAUUCUCCCCGAGAUAAAAACAAGAAACUCGAAAUACUCCGCGUCGCCCUGUAUAUAUUCGAGAGCAGAGUGAUCCAUCCCGUUGAUUCGAGAGUGCAAAUAUGGGCCGGUACGUAAUUCACGUAUUGACGUAGCGGUGGAUGGGCGGAUGGUGGCUGUUGACCAAGGAAGCCUGUAUCGCCGCGUAUGUCCGGCGACGUGUCGGAUGAUAGAGAAACGUCGCGUCACCCGCAUCGUGUCGAGUCGUCGUCCCUCGAUGUGCUAAGGCAGCGUCGAGCGAGGAGAUGCGAGGAGCCGCAGCAGCACCGCAACCGGCACCGGCGCCCACGCCGACACUACAGCAGACGCCCCAGUGCAUACCGAUCCAGAGCAAUUAUUACACGCUGCGAAACGGUGGCAAUGACAAUGCCAGCGUCGCGGCGCACGGCAGCGAUGGCUGCAAUUCCGCCAGUAACUCGCCGGUGGCGUGUUACGAGAGUUUCACGCCGUCCGCGACUCAUCUGAUGGACCUCAGCGGCCCGGCGCCGGAGCAACAUCGGAGUAACCUCCUGUCGUCCGAUUAUCAUCAUCAAGUCACGGUCGGCUACAGUUUCCCGCACGUCUAUAAGAACCUCGAAGACUCGAGGUACCAUCAUCACGACGUGUAUUCGCCCGGCGGCUGCGGAGCCGAGGAAAUGGUCGCUCCUGGUUCCGUCCAGUCGAUUCAGAGCCAAUCCUUCCAUCCUGUGGAUGGGGGAGUUCCCGUAGUGGAAUACAAGGCGGAGGUAAUCGAGUACAAGCCCGAGGUGAUCGAUUACAAGCCCGAGAGAGGUAUGGUCGAUCAUAUCCCGAGGUACUGCAAGCAGACCUCGGAACUCGGUCAUGGGACGGAGCCUUCGUCGUCGACGAGAAGCUACGGUGCCGCGGACGGCAGGCCGGCUGUCAGGAAGAAGAGAAAGCUCAGCGGCACUAGCAACAACGAGUCCGAGGGCGAGACUACGAUGGCGGCCUCCUCGACGAGGACGAAGAUACGUCGUAAGAAUGGCCAGAGCGACGAGGAGACUCAGAGUCAAAGAGCAAUGGCGAACGUCCGUGAACGUCAGAGAACGCAGAGUCUCAACGAGGCGUUCGCCGCGCUCAGGAGGAUCAUACCUACUCUUCCCAGCGACAAGCUUAGCAAGAUUCAGACUCUCAAGCUAGCCGCUAGGUACAUCGACUUCCUGUUCCACGUGCUCAAGUAUAGCACCGAUAACAGCGAAAACGCUGAAAACAUAGCAAAGGGAUGCUGCAAGCUUACGGUACCAACUGCACAUUAUUUGGAGAGACGCUCGAGGAUUGUCUCCGUCGGCACCUCUUCCGUAGAGCGGAGAGAGGAGCGCCAGAAGUGCGAUUUUGGCCGCGAGGGAAAUCGCAUCGUCGCCCAGUACUUUUAUGGCGCAUGAAAGAUUAUCCUACGCUUUCAGCGUUUGGCGGAUGGAAGGCGAUUGGAGUUCGAGUUUGUAAAAUAAGUGGCCGUUAGGAUAACAUAUUACAUUAGAGUUCAAUAAGGUAAGAUCGCGAGAAAAUUGCGAGACAUUCGUAAAUUUAAUGUACGCCGCAAGAAUGUCUGUUUCAUCGAAAAAAUAAAAGCUAUAGAUAAUUAGAGUACAAAUAUUAUAUGAUAAUUUUUUUUUAAAUAAAAGAGAUAUUAGAGUUAAUUAGAGAAGAAAAGAGGAAGUGAAUUAGACACUCCUGCGGCUUUGCUACGUACGUAAUGUUACUCUCGUCGGUCCUUUCGGAAACUAUUUUUUUAUAUGGAAAUAAAUAAAUUAUUAUAUAUAUAUAUAUAUAUAGAAUUGCGAUCUCACUCACGUACGAAAUAAUAACGUUCUCUUCCGGCUCGCUUUGAAAUCUAAAAUCGUGGCAGUUAAUUCUGUCCCCGUUAAUUCGCGGCACCGCCCGGCCGCUCGCUCACGUUCUCGCAAUAAUGCAAGCCAAUCAUUUACGUCUUCUCAUCGGACUAUUAACAGCGAGACAACUCCUCGUGUACCGCAUCGCAUCGCUGCAAAGCGUGCUUAUUAACCGACGUCGCGUCACGCACCUGCAUCAAUCAACGAAAUUAUCUCUUCGCGAGCCCGACAACGAUCGUGACAUGAUGGAUCUUUGUCCCCGCUUGCGUGGAUUUAAAUUAGAGUGAAAACAACCGGUGUUGUUGCGCGGGAAAAUGAAGAUAUAUAUAUUUUUUUCCCCGGCUUUUUCGACAAAAAAUGUAUAUAUUUCGUUUCUUUAUAAUACGCGGGGUAUAUCUCGAUAACAAUAAAAUACGACGGGUAAUCGAUUAUUGCUGGGAGAUUCCCUCACUCGCGUUUCUAAUCUUCUUUUUGGCUACCUUUCGAAAGCGCGUCUUGCACCCCGUUAACGCCAAAUUUACGAGCGUUUACCCGGUCUGUCCAAACAAUCUUUUUGCAUAGUUGAUUUAUUGAAUCUUACAAGCUUCGCUAAACUUCCCUUCGAAGCGUUCAUCGCGAACUUGUAUCGAUAAACUGUAAAUUCCAUUGUCUCUUAACGUAACUUGAAUAUUUUAUAUACAUGCAUAUAUAUGCAUGUAUAUCUGUGUAUAAAAAUUGUAUUAAUAUCAAACUUUACUCAAAGUUAUACUUAAAUUAUUACAAGAUAAUCCGGGGAAAAUGCAAAUGUGUAUUUUGCAAGGCAUUUCAAUUUUGCGUAUACCAAAUAUAAGAUAAACUCCUGAAAACUUAUCUCAUAUAUUAUAUAUUAUUUGACAUAGUUGAUCUUCUGUUAAAAUAUUCGAGCUAAUUUCGAAUUCGACAUCCUUAAGUGGAUUUUUAUCGCGUGAAGUUUCAACUUAUACAGUUUACUAUACUAUUAGUAAUUUUUGUAAAUGAUUAAUUCGUCGCUCGUUUACAAUAUACUUUACCCCAGGAAUAAAGAGGACGAUCGCGCGUCCGGCCGGAUUUGAUAAUCGCCGGAUUCGAGAUCGUCUUAAAGAAACAGUAAAGAGGGGAAGAAGUUAACGAGUACUUUGGCGCCCAUCAGUCGGGCACAAUAUUAUUUUUUUUCUCUCCUAAGAUGAUAGAAUCGCCCCGACGGACCCCAUCGUCGGCUUCUUCAUCGCGUAUCGUAUAAUAUAAAAUAUCCGUCGCGACUUCGGUACUCACGGCACCGGCACCGUGAAUAUUCCGAAUGACGUUAGUUAUUUUAAACCGGUCAAAGCAAACUCUUUCGGCCGCGUUUUUGAGCCGCUUAACGAAGACGCGCCGCGUUAAAGAAUCGCUCUCCGACUCUUUAUUACAGCACUGAAUCUUGGCGGGAAGGAGAAAAAAAAAACGCGGCCGACGAGUGCAAUUUCGGCGCAAUAGAAACAAUAAAAAUCUCUAUUUUUCUACCUUAAAAUCAUCGGGAUCGAGCUAUUUCUCUAUUCUUCCCUCAAUCUUUUAUUUUAAUGAUAUAUACGCAAGAUGGAAUAUCGCCUUCGCGCAUUUCUUAUUUAGUUUCUCGCUCUAUAUGUGAUCAAACAUGACAAAUGUGUAGUGGGAGAGUAGAUAUAUAUCAGAAUUUGAAUUUACAAAAAUAGAUGAAGAAAUUAUAAAGUGCGAUGUGAUAAUCUGUCAUUGAUGUUCUUAAUCAUGUAAAACACAUUAAUAUUUGCUAAUAAAUGUAUUCUUUGAAAUUCGAUAAACACGUAAAGCUGCUUGUAAACUUAAUAAAAAUUAUAAAAGCACGUGAAUGUAAAAUAAAUUACAAAUUAAAAUAUAACAAUCUCAUAGUUAUUAUUUACAUCAGCCAUAUUUAUAUUAAAAGAUAAAAAUACACAAAGUACGGAAUUAGUUUAAAAGGAAUAGAAUGUUUUUUCGUCAAGCGAAAAAUAAUUUACACUAAUAUACGAAUACAUAUCGAAUAUAUAUCGAACAAUCGUCGACGCGUUUUUGAUAGUUAAAUUUUCUAUUUUCAUUUUGUUGAAAAUGGCAUCAGAUAGAUCUCUUUGCGGGAAAAUUAUUUUUGGGAAUACCGGCAAUUAUAUCAACGCGAGAGGAACGGGAUGGGAGAAGAGGAAGAAGAUGAGGGGCUCUUUUCGGAUCGUCCUUGAACGAGUGUACGUCAUUGCUCGGCUUCUUGUCUAGGCCUCCGCGAAACGAAGCAGCUGUCAUGGUCAUUCUCGACAUCUUUCUUUUGCUACUGCCAUCACGGAUGCAUAGAGUAUCUCAAAAAAAGUCGGCGCUCUCGGUAAAACUGUUGGGAAAAUCGCGAUCGCGAUCGUCAAAAUAAAUCGGUUUUAGGAGAGCGAAAUUGUUUGAGAGACGUAUGCAAACUUGGAAUCUUAAUUUUUCAACAUUUGAUUGUUAAAGUCGUAGUAUCGUUUUUUACUUCGUGAAUCAACAAGACAGACUCAUAUUAAAAAUUAUAUUCAUGAGACGAAUUUUUCGCGAUCGAUUCAGAUUUAAAUCGGGUAGAUGCAUCAGACGCGGUCAACUUGGGGGCAUCGAGUUUGUUUUUAUAGAACGUCAUACACAUCGGGGAGACUUCCCGAAAAGGUCCUCCCGUCGGGAGACACCGAAUGUUGGAUGUGUCUUGGCUAAUUGAAUUCAAAGAGAUUUAUGGUCGCCACCAGCGCGUUACGCGACGAAUAAAAACGACAGAAACACGCGCGCAUUGAGCUUCUCCCGCUGUCGGGAUUCCUUCUCUGGACUGUCGCCCCGGCCGAAACGUUGAUAAAUGUUUUUACCGGGCCAAUUAACGUUAGUAGAACCGGCGGAGAGCUUCAGCUUAUCGUUACCGGUGCUAAUCGCGCGAAUUUUAGGCGCGCCUGUUAGAUCUCGGUUAAUUGCACAAAAGCAAGAAUGAGGCCGACUCGGAGAUGUUAAUAAUAACUAAUUGAUAUAUCGAUAUUAAUUUGUAAUCACUUGUUUUAUAUUUACGUGCUCUUUUAUAUCUUCUGUCAAGUAUGCACUUUUGCGUGCACUAAGCGUUCAUGAAACUAAUUAUUUACGUUUCGAUCUAGGCAUUUUAAAUAUGUCUACAGUUGACGAUGUAAUAAAUUGGCGCACUCUCUAAUUCAUAACACUUCAUCAUCUAUCACAAUUCGAAACAUCAAUAAUAUAGAUUUUAACUUUUCAAUAACAAUAAAAAAUAUACAUAUAUAUAUGUAUUUAGAAUUUAAAAAUUUGUACAAAGUAAAAAAAUUUACAAAUCUGUUGUCAGCAUCACACGAUUUUUACGCUUCGAAAAUAAAUUAAAUAUUUUACAUAUUACUAGAUAGCACGAAGGUAUAUACAUGUAGAAAAAUAAUAUUGCGAGUGCAACUUGCAGCAAGUGGCCGGAUAAUGCAAUAUUAUUCCCAUGCGAGCCUCGCGAGCGUGUUGUGUGUAUCACAACUUAAUAUACACAUGUAUCUUUUUUUUUCAUUUGUAUAUACUGUGUUACUAUGUAACGAUCGUAAAUAGUAUUCUGUAAAUAGCAACAUGAUAGAUUUUAACGGAGCUUUUGACGAUGAUAUCUCGAUAUCCAUUCCGUCGAUUCGAUGCUAUUCAGAUGCAUUUUGCUUAUUUAUCCGAGCGCUCUCGCUCGCACAUUUGUAAUGUACAAUAUUUUUAUACUCGAUAAAUGAGAAAAAAGAUGGUGGAAAAAAUAUUCAAAUAUGUUUCUUUCUUUCCAUCUCCCUUAAAAUCAAGCCGUCGUACA